GGCUGGUUUGGGGGGUCUGGGCACUCUCGACGGCGACUCCGCCAGACGCGCGAACCGGGCCGCAGCCCGCGCCCCAAACCGGCGGCGUCAUGAGACAUUUGCCGUACUUCUGCCGCGGCCUGGUGGUGCGAGGCUUCGGUCGCGGCUCCAAACAGCUGGGCAUCCCUACAGCUAACUUUCCUGAACAAGUAGUAGAUAAUCUUCCAGCUGAUAUAUCCACCGGCAUUUAUUAUGGUUGGGCUAGUGUUGGAAGUGGAGCUGUCCAUAAGAUGGUGGUGAGCAUAGGAUGGAAUCCAUACUACAAGAAUACAAAAAAGUCCAUGGAAACUCAUAUCAUACAUACCUUCAAAGAGGACUUCUAUGGGGAAAUCCUUAAUGUGGCUAUUGUGGGUUACCUGAGACCUGAAAAGAACUUUGAUUCUUUAGAGUCGCUUAUUUCAGCAAUUCAAGGUGAUAUUGAGGAAGCUAAGAAACGACUAGAUUUACCAGAACAUUUGAAAGUCAAAGAAGACAAGUUUUUCCAGGUUCCUGUAAGCAAACUACUGAACGGCCACUGCUGA